UCGGGAUUUCCGGCCGCUGGGGCGACCUGCCGGAAGCGCUGUGCGCCUAUAUAAGUUUCCGCGUACCUGGACAAGCGCAGUGUCUUCCGCGCCGGCAGUGAGAGGUCAGGAUGUCAGCGCCAGAAGCCCCGGGGGAUGCGGAGGGCGACGCCGACCGCGACGACCUUUCCGGAGACCUCCGUAGUGUGCUGGUCACCAGCGUGCUCAACCUCGAGCCGCUGGAUGAGGAUCUCUUCAGAGGAAGACAUUACUGGGUACCCACCUCCCAGCGGCUCUUUGGGGGUCAGAUUGUGGGCCAAGCCCUGGUGGCUGCAGCCAAGUCUGUGAGUGAAGACGUCCACGUGCACUCCCUGCACUGCUACUUUGUUCGGGCAGGAGACCCAAAGGUGCCAGUGCUGUACCAUGUGGAGCGGACGCGAACCGGAGCAAGUUUCUCAGUGCGCUCUGUGAAGGCUGUGCAGCAUGGCAAGGCCAUCUUCAUCUGCCAGGCCUCCUUCCAGAAGCUGCAGCCCAGCCCCAUGCAGCACCAGUUUUCCAUGCCCACUGUGCCCCCACCCGAAGAGCUGCUGGACCAUGAGGCCCUCAUUGACCAGUAUUUAAGGGACCCUAACCUCCACGAGAAAUACCGAGUGGGGCUGAACCGAAUUGCUGCCCAGGAGGUACCUAUUGAGAUCAAGCUAGUGAACCCACCCACCCUGAGCCAGCUGCAGACACUGGAGCCCAAACAGAUGUUCUGGGUGCGAGCCCGGGGCUAUAUUGGGGAGGGCGACAUCAAGAUGCACUGCUGUGUGGCUGCUUAUAUCUCUGACUACGCCUUCCUGGGCACAGCACUGCUGCCCCACCAGUCCAAGUACAAAGUGAAGUUCAUGGUCUCGCUGGACCACUCCAUGUGGUUCCAUGCCCCGUUCCGAGCUGACCACUGGAUGCUCUAUGAGUGCGAGAGUCCCUGGGCUGGUGGCUCUCGAGGGCUAGUGUAUGGGCGGCUGUGGCGUCGGGAUGGGGUCCUUGCUGUGACCUGUGCCCAGGAGGGCGUGAUCCGAUUGAAACCUCGGGUGUCAGCGAGUAAACUGUAGUCAAACGUAACUGGCUUGGCCUGGGCCUCAAAGAACUCUUGCUACUGCCAUUUCUAGGGCAGGAGUCACAGCUGAGAGCUGGGCUUCCUGCCUCUCACAUCCAAUAAAGAGAUUGCUAACACUGGA